AGUUGAUUACAGACCGGUUGCGUCAGAAGGUGUCAGUUGGAGAAGUUUUGAGUUUUUGCCAAAAAAUAAACAUAAACAUGGCUCACACUACCGUUGAUAAAGGCGAACUUAUGGACCAGGUGAAGCAACAAAUUGCCGUUGCCAAUGCACAGGAGUUGCUCACACAGAUGACCACAAAAUGCUUUAAGAAGUGUGUUAACAAGCCUGGAACCUCGCUCGAUGCAUCGGAGCAGAAAUGCGUAUCCUUGUGCAUGGACCGCUUCAUGGACUCAUGGAAUCUAAUUUCUCGGACCUAUGGCAAAAGGUUACAACGUGAGCAAUCAAAUAUGUGAGCUAGAGACGCUGCUGAUGUGGCGUACGACUGCACUUGGGGCGCUAUUCGUUGUUAAUAGUUAGUUCUACUUAGUUCUACUCGUUGUAUAAACAAUAAAAACAAAAAAACAAAAUGUU